CCGCAGUCUCUGGUCAUCUCAUGUACUAUGUCCGCAGUCUCUGGUCAUCUCCUGUACUAUGUCCGCAGUCUCUGGUCAUUCCCUGUACUGUGUCUGCAGUCUCUGGUCAUCCCUGUACUAUGUCCACAGUCUCUGGUCAUCUCCUGUACUAUGUAUGCAGUCUCUGGUCAUUUCCUGUACUAUGUCUGCAGUCCAUUGGUUCAGAAUACUUUUUUUCUUGUUUUCCUCCUUUAAAAUCUAGGUGCGUCUUAUGAUCAGGUGCGUCUUAUGGAGCGAAAAAUAUGCUAAUUUUUUUUUUUUCACUUGAUGUGAUUCACUAGA